ACCAAAACCUUUUUCUUUUCCAUAUGAAGAUUAGAUGCAACUCGCCACUCACUGUAUCCUUACGUUAAUUUAUCGUUUUAUGUUUAUAAUGAAUAUUCUACUCCUCUGUGGUGUGAUAGGCACUGCUUAUGCACAGGCAUUGCCGCCAAACUCAUACGGUGCCCCGAAUGGAGGCAUCGCCAAUGGUUUCGGUAACGGAGGGCCAAGAAACGGUUACAGUGCCCCUCCCAGCAACACAUAUGGAGUACCCAACGGCGGUUACGAGGUAGACCCUGAGAUCGCCGCUUUGGCCGAGAACAUUCCAGGGGGCGGCGUCCCCGGCGAGGACUACCCCAUCUUGGCUUCCGUGCCCGACACCGGAUUCUCCUGCGAUGCCCAGGCGGUGCAAGGUUAUUACGCCGACACUGCAGCUGAAGCCGGCUGCCAGGUGUUCCAUAUCUGCCAGGACCGCGCCCUCAGGCGCCAACAGGACUCCUUCCUGUGCCCCAACGGUACCAUCUUCAACCAGCAGUACCUGGUAUGUGACUGGUGGUUCAACGUGGACUGUUCUCAAGCUGAGAGCUUCUACUCCGUCAACGAGCUCAUCGGAGUCGUUCCCGACGCCGGUUAUGCUUAUGCUGCCGCCACCAACGGCCUCCUCAACGGAAACGGAAACGGAUAUGGAUCCAACGGCAACGGAGGGAACGGAAACGGAAGGAACGGAGCUAACGGAUACGGUUCCAAUGGCAACGGAAGGAAUGGCAACGGAGCCACUAAUGGAAAUGGAUAUCGCUCAAACGGCAACGGUGCCAAUGGCUUCAAUGGCAACGGCAGGAACGGCUACGCUGCUAAUGGCAACGGCAACGGAGUCUCCAAUGGCAACGGCAGGAACGGCUAUGGUUCUAAUGGCAACGGAGCGAACGGUGUCAAUGGAAAUGGUCUCAACGGUAAUGGAAAUGGAAAUGGUAACAGGUACAAUGGCAAUGGAAGGAACGGCAACGGUAAUGGAAACGGUUAUAACGGCAAUAGUGUAAAUGGUAAUGGUAACGGAAACGGCAAUGGCAACGGAUACAACGGUAAUGGUCUCCGCACAAAUGGAAAUGGCAACGGAAGAAGCGCUUUUACGGAAACAAUGCGCUUGAAUGGUUUCCGCACAAAUGGAAUGGAAGGAAUGGAAACGGAUACAAUGGCAAUGGUUUUAAUGGUAACGGAAACGGCAAUGGGAGAAGCGCCUUCAACGGCAAUGGCAACGGAUACAACGGCAAUGGCUUCAAUGGCAAUGGGAACGGCAACGGAGUCCCUGCCGCCCCUUCUGCCUCCUACGGCGCUCCUUUCUAAACGGACUCUCGUUCGCCUCCUCAACUGGCUCUCCUCAGUAAACGCAUGUAUAUUCCAGCGCUUGGCACAGAAUCUAUAUUUUUGCAAGAAUAAACACCGCACAAAUCCUACUGUUUUUUCUAACUUAAAACUGUAA